GUACAGUCCAGGUACCUAGCUACCUAGCUACCUAAUUUCUCUUCUUCAAUUCUUUUAAGAAGAAGAACAUCUUUUAUUAUGUACGUGCUUUCAUCCUUGUUUCUGUAUUUGAGAGUAUAGCUUAACCAUUGAAUAUUUGAUUGAUCAUUCGUUUCAUCAUCAGGUAAUCGAUUACAACUCGGCCGGCCGGAUAGCUAAGUCACUCACUCAUCCUCGCUAUAGCUCGUCAGCUCUCUCUGCCUGCUGCAAUGGAAAACAACUCCGCCGCCUCGUCAAGUUCCUCGGCUCUCAAUGUCAAUGGGGGACCGAUGGUUGCUGGAGAUUUGAAACGGGCGGCAGUAGACCAGGCCGAGAAUGGGAAGGCAGCCGGUGCAAAAAGAGCAAAAACUUGCUCUUCCAGUGAAGAAGAUGUGAAGCGGGCUCUGAAAGGACACGGUGGUACAACACAAGCGCCAGGCGGCCAAAUCAUUCCCAUCGUCAGCCUUCCCACCCAGUAUCUAGCCUACAUUGACCAUGCGCGAUUAGACAACAAGGAGUUGAUGAUCCAUGGCGACACGUUGCCCUCUGAGGACGCCGGCUGCGUCUACAGAAACGAGCUCCGCCACCGUUCCUACCAGCAGUUCCUGGAGUUGGUGUUGGACCGGCUGGGGGAGCUGGGGAUCGAGCGCCUGGGUUUCGAUCGGCAGCAUCCAUGUCCCAUCACCUUCUACCGCCGCAUACAAGGCAACGGCUUCAUACAGUUGAAGGUGCGCGACCAUGUGUUCACACAUUGGCUGGCCAUGGGACGCUUCUGGGAGCUGGCCAGGGAGGAGAUGGACCUCAUCGGCUACCAUCUAAUUGCAGAUGAAGAGUAACUAGCUAGCUAGGGCGCGCAGGCAGGCGGUCCAUCGAUUGAUCGAUCGAUCGAGUAGUAUUAAUUACGAGAUCGGACCAUAGUAGCAUUUCGGAGAAGACUAUGAGCUUGUCGUACUUAUCUGUUUAUUAUUUCUGCAUUUAUUCGUAUUUGGAUAACUAGGGCAGGCUGUGGAUCGUUCGAGUAUCAAAGGCGAAGCAGUGAGUACCAUAUAUCAUUAAACAGUAUUUGUGAUG